AUGGCUCUUAUGAUGAACUUUUCCACUCAUGAGUUUUAUGAGGAUAACGAGCCCGCUGCAAACAACCUUUACGCACGACUGGCAGAGGAGGCCACUAUGCAGUUAGUCUUUGAGGGGGUUCCGACAGUAGAGCUCACACAAGCCUUGUGUCUUGUAGCUCUAAAACAUAUCAGAACCCAGCAGCUUGCUCAAGCUUGGGUGGUCAUCGGAGCUACUUCGCGACUGGAAGCUCUGUAUGCCCUCUCGAAUGAUAGUAGCCCGGCUUCUGAAGGCGACUCCAUCGCUAGGGCUCACUGGAGUGUUUUUGCGCUUGAAAGAAUCUUCAUCCCUUUCACAUCGAACAUUACAGCCAUUCGCGUUCCUGAUUAUCCUCUCAGCGCACCGUUGCCCCCUCCCCCUUUAUCCGCCAAUGGAUAUGAUACUAGUUCAAAUGGGCAGGGUUCAGGAUCCAGAUUAAAGGAUAUUGGCAUUAAUUGGCAUGGUCUCCGCAUCAUCGACAUCUGGGGUAAGAUACGAUGUUACCUACACCGAUUACGGCAGGGCAUGGUCGAGAAGCCAUGGUCGCCCGAAUCAACCCACACGAGAUUAUGUGUCGAGAUGGUUGAGUAUGAAGCCCAGCUCAACACCCAAUACUUCUUAUGCAACGCGUCACUACCUGACCGAACCACAGUAGAAGUGUCCCAGAACCGCGAGUACUGGAACCCUUGGAUAACGAGUCAACUUCUCUGGCACGCUUGCCACGUUAUCCUCAACCAUCCGUUUAUCCACACAUUUCUGCUGCGUUCUCCCGAGGGCAUUCCUCCAUCCUGUCUGUUCCUUCAGCAAAGAGCGGACCUAGCCAUAUACCACACAGGCUGGCUAUUUCGAAUCCUUGAAGAAUGCUGUAACCUGACAGACGUAGUCGAUCCGAUUAUUACCGAUGCGAUUGCGGCAGCUUCGACAGUACUGUGGCUAUUCCAGUUCUCCAGAGAUGCAAAGGUGUCUCGAAGGGCUCAAGAGAACUUGGCUAAAUGCGAUGCAUUUUUGAAUCAUGUGGCCCAGACUUGGCCACACAUUUCCCAAAAGGUGGGCAAUGCAUCCUACUUUACCGGAGCUGGGAAAGAUUUCUAA